AUGCCUGAUAUCAAGUCCGUCACUAGAUGCGAAAGAGUGUGCAAGAAGUGGCACAACCUAACUCUCCCACCCUGCUUCGCCAAAUCGCAUAGCUCGAGGGGGUCUCUUCCUCCGAGUCUUAUCUUCUACAGUCCCCCUGAUGGCCCCACCAACCCCGCUCACUUCGGCAUUCUCGAGCUUGACGAUGACCUUGAUCGUUUAGGCCGCCAAAACGCCACCUUGACAUUCAGAUCUGGGAUUUACAUCCCCCGUGAGGGCUAUAAAGGACGAGUAUUAGGAGCAUGCAAUGGGUUAGUUUGUUUGGAUGUUGAUAAGGAAAUUGUGGUGUGUAACCCAAUUCUUCAAGGACGACCACCUUCUGUCCUUCCAAAACUGCCAAAACUGGCACAUGAUUGUAGGUCACGAUUCGGGUUUGGGUUUAGUCCAUCGAGUGAUGAAUACAAGGUCUUGAGAUGUAAUACUGAAACGUAUAAUGACCGUAUUUUGUCAUCGAUUGACAUUUGUACCCUUGGGAAGGAUGAUACAUGGAGGAGCAUCGGAGGAGGGCACAACGGAAAACCAUUCCCUCGCUGUUAUACGUCAUCUGGUGUUAAUUUUGUUUUUUUGAAUGGUGCACUUUAUUGGUGA